AUGGCGCCACCGACUGAGAAUCGCACCCCGCUGGUCAUCCCAAGGCCAGUAGGGAGAGCAGGAUUCAAUCGUGGGCCUGCCAUCAGCCCCAAUGACCCAAGUCCUUCCCCGGCGCCCUCACUUGGGCUGUCGGAUCCCGAGCAGAGCGACAAGCGCAUCCUGCUGCUUGUCUAUAUCCAUGGGUUCAUGGGCAAAGAUGAUUCGUUUAAGAACUUUCCAUUGCAUUUACACCAUUGUCUCAAGUUGCAGCUCAGCGAGUCUCACACCAUAACGACCAAGGUAUACCCACGGUAUAAAACCUACAAAGCGAUUGAGGUGGCGCGGGACAACUUCAGCAGAUGGCUUGAAGCGCACGAGUCUCACAAGACGGACGUUGUUCUUCUCGGACACUCCAUGGGUGGACUUCUCUCCGCAGAACCCACUCGCAAUCGAGCUGAUGUCAGGUUCUUUCAGCACCGGAUCCUUGGCACAGUAAACCUAGAUGCCCCUUUACUUGGGCUUCAUCCAGGGAUAAUCAAGUCUGGAAUUGCCAGUCUCUUCAAGAAGAAGCCCGAUCCGCCAACGCCUGUCCCAGCUGGCGGCGCGGAUGAGAUAGCUCCCGGGAACCGCCCACAGGAGCCUGGCCCUCCAGAUACUCCGGAUCCUGACAUUGGGCGCCUGGUCCAAAAACUAACAAUCGACCCAAACUAUAACCCGGACUUCGCAAAUGAUGUGCGCCAAAAGGACCGUGGGUGGUGGAAAAACAUCGUCCAUUUCGCCACAAAACACAACUCGGAAGGACUGGUAGAUGCAGCUACCAAUCAUAUAGCGUCGCACAUGGAGUUUGGGAGCUGUUUGAUGGACUAUAAUGGCUUGAAGUUGCGGUAUGAGACUCUGCGCAAACUUGAAGAUAUUGACGAUUAUAAAUAUCAUGGAAUGCCCCAUGUCCCCGCGCGAGUUCGCUUCAUUCAAUACUAUACAGUCUGCUAUGGCUAUCCAAAGCAGCCGAAACCUCCCAAGACUCCAAAGACUCCAAAGUCUGAUGGAAUUGGGGAACCUGGGCAGGCGCAGGAUUACAUGUCAGCUGGGAGUGGCAAGCAUAGUGAGCCAUCCACUCCCAGGACUUCUAUGGCAGAUCACCGCGAAGAUCGCCAUGACUCGGACUCGCAGAAGGGCAAGGAGAUAGAGUCAUGGGACACUCCCGGGGAACAUGAUCCAAUUGAGCAUCGAGGUGUUGAUGGUGCCGAUGACACGUCUAUACGCAGUCUACAAACCCGUUCGGAUGCUUAUUUUACACCGAGCUCUAGUAGGCCAUCAUCGCCUGGGUUUGAUGGCACGAGCGGCGACGCCACGCUUGUCCAAGUUCCAGAUCCGAUGAACUUGAGCAGCGCUAGUAAAGGGGCAGAGGCAGACAAAGAUGAGGGUUGGGAGGUGGCAAAUGCUAUGCCCGCUCCUUCGCGGCAAGCACCACCAAUUCCGAAUACCUUGCAGCACACCCCGUCCAAUAAUUCUACUUCAAGUAGCUCGAGAGGGAAAGUUGAAGGGAAUGGCAAGGAGAAGAAGAAAGAGAAAACCAAGACUAGGGAAAAAAGUCCGGCCAAGUCUCCCAAACCAGAGAAAGCAAAGAAGCCAGAGAAGCCGCCCAAGAAGAGAAAGUUUUGCAACCGCCCGUCUAGAGUCAAUGGAGAGAUGGAUCCGAAAUGGGUUGAAGUCUUUAUGCAAGACGUCGAUGAAGUUGCAGCCCACACUGUACUUUUUGUUCCCGGCCCACACUACGAGAAGUUGGUGGGUGAUGUGGGCGAGACGGUUGUCCAGUGGGUACAAGACGAUCUUACGAAGCGUAUGGUCCUCUCUGAGCAAUAG